CAGGAGCGCAGACAGAGUCCAGUCAUCCGAGUCAUCCAGCUCCUUACGAGAGAGUCCAAAGGGUGGUGGUGGUGCUGCUCAGUUUCUCACUCCUCCAUAACGUGACGUAAGCUGUUGGAUCCAGGGAACAUCGUUGUCGAUCCAACCGACACCAGACUGCUUCGGCCACCCCUUUAUGAAGCGUAACAGCGGUGGGAGGCACACCCCUUCAGAUCCAUUCCCAACCUUCAUUCCGGCUCCCAGAGGCCCACACAGGUCCAAUAUUCAGGGUCCUAUCACGUGAGCCCCCCCCCCCAUCAGAUCUCACAUAUUUGGAGUUGUUUCAUCAUCGGUUUCCCAAUAUAUUGUCGUUUUCAUGUGGAAGCUGACAUCGCUCGUUCUACCUCCCCUCUCCUCCUGCUCGUCCAUUGAGGACGAUGGACAGUAGGAGUGCUCGCAGUCGGACGAAUUCAUCCAGCUCCCUCAGAUCCCCCGGUCCCCAAGCUCUCACGCCCUCACACACGCCCAAUCCCGGAUUCACUAGGAGUGGUGGACACUUUUACGGCCCAUCUCCGCUCUCUCCCGAUCAAUUAGCGGCGGGGAUCUCGCGAAUCAGGGCCGAGCGAGGAUCCAGAAGCUCCUCCAUCCCUGCCACCCCCGCUCCCACGCCCAAUCCGUUACUACAUGUCACUUAUCAUAUGAUCCCAGAACAAUUGGCAGCAGGCAUUAACAGUCUUAGAGUGGACGAGGGCUACGUGGACAGCACCAGUUUUCCAGGCACGCCUGCUCCUUCUCCGUUCAGUCCCUCGCCGGCUCAAUUCCCACGGUUUACGCCCGAUCAAGUUGCCGAAGGGAUCAAGCGCUUACGAGAGGAGAGUGGAGUCAGCGGUUCGAGCACCGGUCAACCUCCCACUCCAUCCACCACACCGGGAUUGGGUGUGAUCGCACCGAUUCAUCAACCACUGGGUAUCAUUCCCGAGCAUCUGGUGGAGAGCAUCCAGCACUUGAGAAAAGACGAGGGACUAGAAAGCGCGUCCAACCCGUCGACCCCGAUUCCCACCCCCAUAUCCCCAUCUCCAGCCACGAAAAAUCCGGUUCUCCCGGAACAAAUCGCGGCGGGGAUUCAUCGGCUCAAGGCCGAGGAAGGUAUGUCCAGUGGUGGAAGUUCGGGCUUCCCAUCCACACCCGCUCCCACUCCAUUUAUUCAUCAUCACCCAGGGGGAGUCCGCCCCGAGGAUUUGGCUGCAGGAAUAUCGAGACUUUACGUUAUCGAAGAAGGUCGAGUCCCCUCGGUGUCCACCCCCGUGAAUUCGUUUGAGCAGAAAAGUGAGUUCACCAUGGCUUCCAAUGAAGAGAGUGGUAGUGAUCCGGGGAAGCCGGACUUGAGCUCCUAUUUUGGGGGUGAAUCGGCUCCCAUUGUGACGGCAGAAGCGAGUGUCCAAUCGACGUCGGCGACGAACUUCUUUGAUCAGUUAGAGGAAUCGUCCAUGUCUGUGCUACAAAGUUGCCGUGAAAGUCGGGUUGAUUUGAGCCAAAUUGAGAUUGCGAACCAACAGCCUUCCCCUCCCGAAGACACUCACUUGGAGGCUCAAUUGGAUGUAAUUGAGCAGAGACAUGACGACGUUCAAAGUCUACGACGUCGGCAAAUGAGUGAGUCUUUGGAUAGGAAAUCCAGUUCUGAUGAGCAACAACAGCAACAACCGCAACAAGAACUGGAACUAGAACAAACGGAAGGAGGGGAGCCAAUGUCUGAACAGCCCUCGCUCUGUACGAUAUUUGGGGAAACGAAAGACAGCGCGGACCCUUUUUCCUCGAUAACGAAAGAAGAGGAAGAUUUGUUCAAAGCACCCAAGACUGUGGCGCUUGAUAAGGAAAAGAAGAAGCUUCCGGACAGUCUUAACUUGAAGCCUAAUGUCCAAGUUGCCAUAUCUGAAGUGUCCACACCGACCAAUACGGCUCCCAGCUCCACGUACGCCACACCAGUGGCUCCCACUCCCAAGGGCGAUCAUUCAGAUCCCAUGAACUUCUCCAACGCUUCCUUCCUGACUUCAACGCCAGCCCCUCCGGGUCAAUUACAAUCCGGUGCUGCCGUCUUGUUGCAAGCAUCUACGUCUCAUUUCCAAACGGACCAACCCAUCACGAGCCCGUUGCCUUUAAGUCCGGCAGCCUCGAAUUUCGUUCCUCAAUUUAAUAGCUCGGCCUCCAUCGACGAGAGUCUGAUCCUUCCGGAUGACGAGAUUGUGCCCGAGCCUUUGACAAAAGCCGACAAAGAGGACAAUCGCCGUCAUGAGGCAUGGAUUCCUAAGCAAGCAACUGGCCAGAUCUUGUCAAGUAUUGACGCUUCUAACCCUGGAACGUUCUAUCCGGAUCGCAGCUCAUUGACUCGACCGUGUGUUGUGAUUCGAGAGGAUCUGGUGGAUCCCGUCAAAAAUCUCGUAGCUCACUACAGAGGUGAGACUGAGACGCAGAAGAGGCAGGUCCUCACCGUGGAAACCGUAACUAGAGAUCAAAAAGGGUUGCGGCAAUUAGUUCGAGCCGGUUGCUUCCGAGCGGCCGUCAAUUUGACCGGACGAUUGCUUCAAAUGUACAACCAAGGCACAGGACAAUCCGGAGACUCAUCGAGUAUGGCUAAACAUACCCCAUCGUCAUUACAGAUUUGGUUCGCGAGGAUCAGUUUAUUGGUGAAAUUGCGCCAGUUCUCGAUUGCCGAGCUUGAGACCACGGCGUUUGGAGACUUGGAUCGGCCGGAUCUUUACUUUCAGUUCUACUCGGGCAUGUACCCUAAUCGGAGGGGAUCAAUGGUUCCAUUCGCAUUUCGGAUUCUCAUCGCCGAAAUCCCUCAAUAUUUGGGCAAAUAUCACGAGACUCUUGACCGACUCUACGCCCUUUUGGCCACUGUCAAAAAGAUCCAGGAUAACCUGCUCAAAGGCAAGGCCGAAGACGGAUCCAAGUGUCAAUUCAGCGAAUCGGAUCGUCUUGCUUCUCAGGCGUUGUGGCGGAAACGAGAAAUCCGAGUGCUCUAUUCGCUUGCCAAUAGCUCAAUCAUCCAGAGAGACUUCGAGUCUGCUAUCACCAAUUUGGAGAUUCUCCUGGAGGUCGAGGACACGAAAUUGUCAGCGAAAAUUCUGUCUGCCAUGGGCCGAGUAUAUUUGCAACUAGGCGAUAUUCGCGAGGCAGAGACCCUCUUCUCGAGGGCGUUCAAGGCUCAGACAGAUAAUUCCACCGAAGAGAAGGUCGACCACCUUGUGGACUUGGCACAUUUGUCCAUUGGCAACUCAGACUUCCCCAAUGCAUUAAAUCAUUUCAAGAAAGCCGAUGACUUGAAUCCGGACAAUCCAACUGUGAUGAACAACAUUGCUCUCUGUCACAUUUAUUGUGGCAGUCUCAAGGAAGGCUUGGACUAUUUAGAGGCCCGGAUCACGCGUAAGCCGCAUUUGAUCCUACACGAGACCGUGAUCUUGAAUCUAUGCACCAUCUACGAACUCGAAUCGUCCUAUGCCAGUCAGAAGAAACGAGCCAUCCUCGAUUUGGUCAGCCAAUAUAAAGGCGAUGGAAUCAACGCGGCGUGUUUGAAGCUGCAAAUGUAAUGCUAAUCGAUUGAAUUCAUGAAGAUAGUCAAUAAAGAUAUUCGUGGAUGUAA